AUGUUUCAGCAGCUGAGACCGAAUCCAACAGUGUAUCAGCUAGCCCGGAAAUAUCAUCUGGACGUGAGUAUGUUUGAGCGUGCAGUGAACAACGGAAUUCAGUUGAAGCGGCUGAGAAUCCAGCAUCGGAUGCAUCCGUCCAUCAGCAGUCUCGUCACUCCACACAUCUAUCCUGACCUCAUAGAUCAUGAUUCUGUAUGGAGUUAUCCGCCUAUAUCGGGGAUGACAGGGAAUCUGUUCUUCCUCACACAUGCGUAUGCGGAAGCUGAAGUGAGCUCCUCUCAUCUAUUUCCAAUGGAAUCGGACUUGCGCAGUCGGAAGAACUACUUUGAAGCGGAAUUCAUCCUGGCGCUUUGUCAGAGACUCCUUCGCCAGGGUUGCUACUCUCCUCAUGACAUAACAAUACUUGCCACCUACAGCGGUCAGCAUUUCGUUUUUCAGGAGCUGCUACAAGAGGCCCAAUACGAGGACUGCAAGGAAGUUCCGUGCUCUGUUGUGGACAGCUACCAAGGUGAGGAGAACAAGAUCAUUUUGCUUUCGCUGGUCAGGAGUAACGAAGCGGCAAAAAUUGGGUUUCUGAAGAUAAAGAAUCGCGUCUGCGUGGCCCUGUCCAGGGCAAAAUGGGGAUUGUACAUGGUAGGAAACAUGGAUUCUCUCCGCAACGGCUCCACGAUUUGGAAGAAAAUUGAGAAAGUUUUGAAGAAACAGAAAGCAAUCGGACCCGAGUUGGAACUCCAAUGCCCCGUCCACAAGCAACAUAUCAUGAAGGCAUCUCACCCCUCCCACUUCCCUGUUGGAGGAGGUUGUAACAUGCCGUGCGGAGAGAAAAUGCCCUGUGGACACCCUUGCUUGAUACCUUGCCAUUCGUUUGAUCGAGAGCACGUCAUAUUGCAGUGCAUGGUGACUACCUUGAAAAAGAUGGCAUGCGGGCAUUCCAAAGAGAUGGCGUGCCAUCUCGAUCCGGCUGGAGAGAAGUGCAAAACCCGCUGCCCUACCCGUUUGAAAUGCGGGCAUAAGUGUGGUCGGAAGUGUCACGUUUCGGAUGAUCCAUAUCACAUCGAGCGCUUCUGCGAGAAAGCUUGCAAGAGAUUGUGCAAAGAUGGCCACAAGUGCACAGAGAAAUGCGGUAUAAUUUGUCCUCCUUGCAUGGAGAUCAUAGAUCGUGUCCUGCCUUGCGGACAUUCGGAGAAGCUUCGUUGCUAUAUGGAUGUCGAUGAUUAUGUAUGCAUGCAGAAAUGCUCUAGGACUCUGCCCUGUGGCCACCCGUGUCGUCUCAAGUGCAGUGAGGCGUGUGGGGAAUGCCGUUAUUUUGUUGAGAAGAUCAUCCUCGACUGUGGCCACAAAAUUCAUGCGGAAUGCUCGUCACUUCCGAGUGAAGGUGCCUGCACAGAAUCGUGUAAAAGGAAACUUCCUUGCGGUCAUACUUGUAAAAACCUAUGUGGAGACGUUUGCACAAUAGAUUGCCAGGUCCUCGUCCCGUAUCGUGGGGAUAUUCAGUCCGCUUGUGACCACAAACCGAAAGUCCCAUGCUGUAAUUCCGAAGCGAAAAUGGAUCCAGAGGAGCUGAUGGAUUUCUGCGAUGCUCGGUGCUCAAUGGUUCUUCCAGGCUGCAAGCACGCCUGCAAGGGGAAGUGCGGGAAAUGCCUGGGAGGCAGACUCCACCAGGAAUGCAGUGAACCGUGCGGCCGGCCUCUUCUCUGUGGACAUGCGUUAGAACUUUGCGCCUGGCAGUGCCAGAAGAACUGCCCUCGGAAGUUGAAAUGCACAAAAAUGUGCCUCGAAAUGUGUGACCGGGAACCAUGCAACCAGCCCUGUCCAAAGAAGAUUAAGAAAUGCAAACACCCGUGCAUCGGUAUCUGCGGAGAACCAUGCCCUCCGAUAUGCAGAAUCUGCAAUCCAGAAGAACUAGCUGAGAUCCAGAUCUGCAGGAACGAAACCGACCAAGAUCCCAGGUUCGUCUAUCUGCCAGACUGCGGGCACUGCAUCGAAGUGGAGGAAAUGGAUCAAUACAUGAAGAUGGAAAUGGAAGAGAUCGAGAUGAAGAAAUGUCCCCGCUGUGGCAAGGUCAUCUGGUCGUCGGUGCGGUACGGGAACAUCAUUCGACAGCUUUACCAAGAUAUUGCCGCAGUGAAGGAAAAGGUCUUCGGUGACCUUUGGCAGUACAAGGAUGACUUCCUCAAGUCAUUCCAAGACUUGGUGCAGCUAAGCGAAAGUGACCAUCUGCAAACGGAAUUCCAGGCACUCCAAACCAGCGCAAAGAGUAAGGUCGAGCAGAUCGAAAAGUUCCGGAACGUCUCUGAUGCUCCAAUUAUGAUAAAUCAGUUCGAGUUGGUACUCUUCGAGAACCAGAAGAAAGUUUUGAGGAAGUUGGAUGCUGCAGUGCAGGGUCAUGGGGACGCUAUCCAGGCUCGACUCGUUCGAAGAGCAAAGACGAUCGCGGAUCGGGCGUUGUCGAGGACGAGGGGAUGGAACGACUGGGAACUGAAGGCCCUCGCGGGGGAGGUCGCGCGUCUGCAGCUCUUCGGUCUCUACUGGAAGCUCCAGAAAGAGACGGCAAACCACGAAGCCACGGAACACAUUCGGAAAGCAGAGGCCCCGCUUCUCAGUCUAGAAACGUUCACGGAUGCCAUGAAUGAAGCGGUUCGCAGGGAGUUGGAUGCUGCAUCUCGCAUCUGUGGAGAGUCGGACAUCUCGAAUCACGAACGAAUCAUGAUUUUGCAGGUAGAGAUAGGUUGGGAUCUCCGUUUGAGGUAUGAACUGUCGUUACAGGCCAUGCAUCUCGGCCAGGGACUCUGGUACAAGUGUCCCAAUGGUCACAUCUAUGCGAACUGGGAGCGUAUUGAAGCCAUGCAGGAAUCCAAAUGCAACGAAUGCGACAAAGAUCGACGCCUGGGUAACGGAUGA